GGCGCGCAGGGCGGCAGUCAGCGACGCGCCGCGCCCGGGCCGACCGCCCCUGCCGACACGGUCUUUACGUAACGAUGGCCGAGCCCGAGAGCUGAUGGCCGCGCUCGUGUGGUGGCUGGCGGCCACCUGCCUGCUCCGCGCCGCCACCGCCGGCAACCCCGACGCCAAGCGGCUCUACGACGAUCUCCUCUCCAACUACAACAAACUCGUCCGGCCAGUCGUCAACACCACCGACGUGCUCCGAGUCUGCAUCAAACUCAAACUCAGUCAGCUCAUCGACGUCGUAAGUGUCUCGUCUGUAGCUCGCGGCCGGCGCGCCGGACCGGACCCGCAGACAUCAUUACACUCAUCAUUUGAAUGCACGCCUUUGAUAAACAGUCAGACCUGAGCUGACCUACAUCGGAGACAGUCGAGGGUGCAGUGUGGACGCAUACCAUGCUUGCACUUGCGCGCCGCAUUUGGAAUUUAAAUAGAUGCGAAUUGAAUUAACGCCUCAGGCAUGCGACCCAGUUCUGCAAAUAGUUUCAGUUUUAAGUGGUGAAAGUAUGAUAUAAUGUAACGAGUGUUGUAUUCACACCUUCGGCCCUGAUCGCUGCCAGGCGCCACUCCGUCUCCCCUUACGUAUUUCAAAUCAGAUCUCAUAAAUCACUCGUACAGAAGGGAUUGUAUUUCUUUCGAUAUUUAUUCAAUCUGUUUUUUGUGCCCAUAAUCCUUAUGAGCCUUUUGUUGAGGCAAUUAUUUACGGUUCAUUGUUUGCGUAAAAUGAUGUGUGAUAUCAUUAUGCAAGCUUACUCGCAAAAUUAUUACCAAAUUAAGGAGGAGAGAUAAUCUUUUACAACCUUAUUAAAUGUUUGAUCCCUUGGCAAUAAGGCGCGUAGGUACUGAUAUUUUCGA